AGUUUUGUUUUACUGAUUGAAGCGUGAGCUCUGAACCCAAGAGGUGUCUGUGAUUGAGACGGUGUGGGAGAAGAGAGAGAGAGAGAGAGAGGAACGAAAGAGACUAGAGGGACACUUAAAAAGUGAAACAAAACGAUGCCUUUGGAACCUUUCCCACAGCGUGUGCUGUGGUACUGUGUGUUUCUGAUAGAAAUGGGCAAAGUCUUCCCAGCUAGGCAUACCGUCUACUGGAACAGCACGAACCCGAGGUUCCAUGGGGAUAAUUACACAGUGCGAGUUCACAUCAACGACUACGUGGACAUUGUGUGUCCCCACUACAGCCAGGCCCAGGCCCAGGCCCAGGCUCAGGCCCAGGCCCAGGCCCAGGCCGAGAGGUUCCAGCUCUACAUGGUGGACCAGGAGGGGUACAACACAUGCAGCCUGAACAGCAAGGCCUUCAAACGUUGGGAAUGUGACCGGCCAUUCGCCCCCUUCACCCCCGUCCGCUUCCUGGAAAAGAUACAACUGUUUACCCCCUUCUCCCUUGGCUUCGAAUUCCGGCCUGGCACCAACUACUACUAUAUCUCGAUCCCGUUCCGAGACCUGAAGGAUGGGUGCCAGCGUCUCCAGGUGUCCGUCUGCUGUGAGCCGACGGUGAGGCCGACCAGCAAGUCUCAGAGAUCUCACACCGAGGAGGGCGUUCAGCAAGAUGCCUCGAAAGCGAGCGUACGAAACAGAGGGUCGAAUAUCCAGCUCCGAGCUGCUACCUUCCUCCUGUGCCUCCUGUUGAGUUCAGUCCCUUGGUGGAUUCAGGCCCUUCCUGGGGCCUAGUUCCCUCCCUGAAGUUGGCGAAAGAGAGAGAGAGAGGGAGAGGGAGAGGGAGAGCGACCAUUUCUGAAUCUAAUUCUGUUCCCAAAUCCAAACAGUCUAUUUAUUUUUUCCCUAUCGCCGUGUGGAUAAUCCUGAAAUGGUCAACUCCAAAUCCAAGGCCCAGGCUUUGGGCCUACAGUUGACAUCGAGACAGAUAUUUUUUCGCACCUGUCUCUCCCUCCCUCUCUCUUUUUCUCUCUCUCUCUCUCUCUCCAUCUCUCUCCCUCCCUCUCCCCCCUCUCUCCCUCUCUCUCGCUUUCUCAGGGGGUGGUGUCCAUACUCGGUUGGCACCACAGUCAGGGCCACGGUAGGGGGGACAGUGACCGACAUUUCCAACGGACGUCGCUCACAGUGUUUCAAGGUCGUAGCCAUCUCAGGGCCCGAAGGCCGCUCGCCUGGUUCCAGAGGUGCGACCUUCCUCGGGUGGACACAGGACCUCUCUCGCUCUGGAGGACUGGAAAAUGGCCGUCAACUGUUUUCGGGAGUGCCAUCUCUUAAGAUUAAAUUUCGUGGCCUACCUCUAUCCGAGCAGCGAUUACCGGACUGUCCCUAACCGACCUCACCUCCCACAAGGAGAAGGGGAACAGCGUCCUGUUAAAUCUCCCAUGAUGCCUCAGCAGCACUGCGGUCACUCCGUCAGGGCCCCAGCCCUGCGACACGGCCACUCCCCCGAAGCCCUGGGGGGCUGCGGCCUUCCGUGGGCCUGAAGCCUGGAACCUGUCAGCCUGCAUCCACGGUAACGGGCCGACCUGUCCGUUUGCUCCAAAUCCCGGCCCCCACGGAGGCUGAGGUCGGGGAGGUGAAAAUGAAGCCUUUCCGUGCAGGCCCGGCGAGUUUGCGAGGGGAGUGUUGAAGCCUUUCCGUGGAGGCCCGGGGAGUUUGCGAGGGGAGUGUUUGAAGCCUUUCCGUGCAGGCCCGGGGAGUUUGCGAGGGGAGUGUUUGAAGCCUUUCCGUGGAGGCCCGACGUGUUUGCGAGGGGAGUGUUUGAAGCCUUUCCGUGGAGGCCCGACGUGUUUGCGAGGGGAGUGUUUGAAGCCUUUCCGUGGAGGCCCGACGUGUUUGCGAGGGGAGUGUUUGAAGCCUUUCCGUGGAGGCCCGGCGUGUUUGCGAGGGGAGUGUUGAAGCCUUUCCGUGGAGGCCCGGCGUGUUUGCGAGGGUUGUGUUUGAAGCCUUUCCGUGGAGGCCCGGGGAGUUUGGGACAGUUCAGGAACUGUAGGACUGCCAACUCCUUGCGGUUCGAGGCCUAGUGUGUGGUUCGCGCCCUCAUUAGAGCUCAGAAGGCCCGGCACAUUCUGUUACUCACAGAAUCGGGGGACAGUAGACUCUGACUGGGCGUGGUGAGGCCUGUGAAUGUAUUUGCACUUUCUGAACAUUUCUUGAAAAAUAAAACAUGUCAACAUUCGAAUGAAGUUGACCAAACCGCUCUGACUGACUG